AGGUUUACUAGUAGCUUCCAUCUGUAUACUCCUUCAUUCUGAACUCCCUCGGUGAGCCCAAGGCUUAAUCAACACCUCCAAAAUGUCCUAUGAACAGGAUAAGGACAUUGACGAACUUAUGGACGACUUGGAGUCAGAAGAUCCUAAUGUGUUUCGCAUUCACGACCAACUUUCUCCACCUUCAGCCAAAAGUUAUUCAACGAAAGACUUGCAUGUUCUCGUCCAUCAAAGUGUAAUUAACCUCAACCCUUCAUAUCAAAGAGACAUUGUGUGGCCGGAAUCCAAACAGAUUGGACUCAUUGAUUCUAUCUUUCGCAACUUCUACAUCCCUCCCCUUGUAUUUGCUGUCCACAUAGAUGAUGACGGAGAAGAGGUCAGAACAUGUGUGGAUGGCAAGCAGCGGUUGACAUCAAUACAGAAAUUCCUUGACGGGCAAAUACCUCACCGCGACUUUAAAACCAAGAAAAAUUUCUGGUAUACUCUUGGCAGGGUAGGCAAAGCAACACAGACGGAAAUUCCAGAGCCUUGGAAGCAUGUGUUUUGUAAUAAGCAGAUUACGUGUGUGGAAUACCAUGGACUGCCACCUGGAACUGAGCGAGAUAUAUUCCAAAGGGUUCAAUUAGGGAUGUCCCUUACUGCUGCCGAAAAACUACAGGCCAUCGCUUCGCCUUGGGCUGAGUGGAUAGCUGCUCUCGAUGGUCGACAUGUUGAUGGUGACGAUGGCCUAGCAUCAGUUUUAACGUGGGAUAUCAAACGUGGUCGGGAUUUCCAAUGCAUCGCGCAGUUUGUUUAUUGCUGCGACGGUCUUCCGGACCAUCUCUUACCAACAGCUCAAAAGCUAGAGAAAUGGCUUGUUCGUGUUGAUAGUCCUCCACAUACCUUCAAGCAACAAAUCAGUGAUGUGUUAUCCGAGUUUUGGCAUAUAGCGAAAACGCCUGCGUUAAACGCUGCUUUCGUCAAGGUCGACAAACGCGUCGCUCCGGUGGAGUUUGUUUUCAUUGGUGUUUUGCUCUAUGUAAUGCGAAAUCAUACUCAUGAAGAUCGGGCAAAAGCGUUACUCCACAUGCGCUUGCAUGUCAGAGAUCAAUUCCGGGAUAUUCGCAACAACACCGUAACGGGGAAGGUUUUGUGGGACUAUAUCACCUCUGUCACAGCACCUGGAGGGCUAAAAGAGUUGGGUGGUAUUGGUUCUGAAGGGUCUAGUAGCACGAAGAAGGGAAGGAAACGCAAGAAUGAGGACGACGUGUAUGACGCAGAUGAAGACUAUCGGCCGAGUCCAAUAAGAAGUUUCGGUCCGCCUACGAAGACGCGCUCAAGGGCAAAAAAGUAAAAUAUAGCAUGUGCGAUACAGCAGUCGGGUGUAGUUUAUGAUAAACAUUGUUCAAUAUUUAUGUUCCUCAAUAGUUCCUUGUUCAUGUAUAGUUCAUACUUGUGUCGUGCUAGCCGUUGUAACUCGUGCGCGCUGUGUACCAUAUUCCUUGCGGAUCUGUUAUUGCUCUUCCGAAUUUGAGUAACAGCUUGUCUCUUUCUUUCGAGUUGACAGCGAUGUCGGAGAGGAAGGGGGUUAUUUCGUCGCUUUUCCAACGCGGUCGUGUGAGGAACAAAUCAGCAAACCGGGCAGUGGGAUCGACAGGUAGAGCAGACG